UUGCCGUCUAUUCUUUUAUUCCCUUCACUCACAAUAAGUCCACUUCACCCAACGUUCCUAAUCUCUGGAUUAAAAAACAAUUUAGCACAAAAAACACUACAAUAUUUCAGGAAAAGGAAGAAAACAUGAUGAUAAAAGAAAUAAACUCGAAUUUCAAGAAAAUGGAAAAAUUGGAGGAAAGAUGAAAAGAAGGUAGAUGUAGAUCUAGGGAAAAAUGGCAAGACAUCCGAUCUUGGAAAGUAUAUAAAUAAGGUUGGGAUAUUGGAAGAAAGAGACAUAAAUUUUGUUUAAGAAACUCUCUGCAUCCGGAUUUAGCUUUAGGUAACUUUUCUUUUAACAAAGACCUUUUGAUGUAGAAUCAUUAAUGAACCAUUGGUUAAACUACUGGACCAAGUAGGUUUCCACAACUUAGUUCUAGGCUUUUUUAGUCUAGCAUACAUAAGUUAGACGUUUUCUAGCCAACAUAAAGCUACAUACUAUUUUCUUAAGGAUCAAGCCGAACAUAGAUCAUUUACAAAGUUUUUCUAUAACUCGCAAUUAAUUACUAGACGAACAUCUUGAAAGCAGUUUGAUCUCUUGUAACAAAAUUUUGUAAAUGGUUUAUGUUCGGUUUGAUCCUUAAAAAUAGUAUGUAGGUAGCCUUUCACAAAGUUCAGUGUAUAAUCAAUAAUAUUAGUUGGUUCUUGCAGAGUGAUGAAUAAUAUAUCGUGUAACUUGUUUUCGAAGUAAACUCUAACCUUGAAGGUCAUGUUGUGAGCAUAUUUUAUUGCAGGUGCCCUUGUGAGGUAAUAUUUUGUUUAUAAAGUUAAUUUUGUUUUCUUAAUGAUGGUACUAUCAAUUCUCUGAUUUUUCAAGUUGUAUGCGUUAUGGAUUUUAUGGAUGAACCAGAGUGACAAAACUUUUCUUUAUUUUUCACACUAAGUGGACGUAAGAAUUACGUCUAGUUAUAUAUGACAAACGAGACCACUCCAAUAUGGUAAGUGUCAUAGUGGUGCCUGUAUUCAAGAAUGAGAGAAGUGUUCACACUCGGUGGACGUAGGAAGUACGUCUAGUUAUAUAUGAUGUGACAAACGAGACCACUCCAAUAUGGUCGGUUUCAUGGUGGUCCCUGUGUGGAAUAUAAAGUGUAACACAAUUUCCAUGCACAUCCGUUUUAUAUUCAUCGCUUUCCUUUUUUUGUUCUAUUCCUGAUGGCACGACGUAAGAGUAGGCCCAGUUAUAAUUACAGUAGAGAUGAUUAUAGGACGUAAACAUAACUCCAAAGCAAUAUAUAUCUUUGAAGUUGCUAAAAACAUUGUCGUAAAGGUAGGCUAUACAAGUUAUACUAAUUAAGCUUUUCUUGACUCCUCAAAGAAAGGCUGAUCCAGAGGACCAGAUAUUUUGGUUCUUCAUGAACAGUGCCGUCUUAAAAAUUUUAAAAACCUUAGGCAAAUUAUUAAAUAUAGGCCUUUUCAUAACAUUUUUUUUCGUUGUAGUUCUUUAGUUUAAACCAACAAUUUUUUUUUAUCGGAAAAAAAUAUAUAAUAGUGAAACACACAGAAUUUUUUUGGGUCUUUUUGUUAUAUACAAAUUAUUUGUAGUUAAUUAUGGACUCUUUAUUAUAAUUUUAUUAAAUAUUUAAUCAUUUAACAAUUUGAAAUGGACCAUUAAAAUUAAUAAAAUAGCACUAAAAUUUUCUCUGGACCCAUGGACCCAGGGCAACCGCUCCUGUCGAGAGCCGGGCCUGUUCAUGAAUUAGCGUUUCAUGGACCUAUCACACCCUCGCCAUGGCUGCUUCUGUUCGUCAUCCAAUCUAGUUCACCUAGUCAACAUUUCAUCAAAUCCUGAUCUUCAAUACACAAAAAAAGUUGGGGGUCCUCAAAUCACUAACUAUACACACAAAACUUAUAUAUUCUUUUUCAGCACAGUAAGGUCCCUGCAUCGUAUAUCUUUGAAAUACGUCCUGAUUACCAUGGAAAAAGUAUUAUGGAUACAAACCGCACACUGAUCUCUCUUCUGAAGCAUAUAGUUACACUUCUUUCCCGUGAGUCUAAAUUGAUGUGAUGAAGAUAGCUCACAAGCUAACACCUGCAAAUUUAAAUAUUUUUCCUUUACACAUGUUUACAAAAAUUCAUACAGAAUAUGUAGACUCAAGUGUACCUUUUUUGUUUUACAAAUUACAGAUAGUUUUAGUAACACUUGCAUAGUUAAAACUAGGUCCUCUAAUAUUAGGUCUAUUCGAAUUUGUCCAAAGAUACAUUCUUCUCUCAAACAAUCCACGUCCAAAGUCAUCUACUUUGAAAUUUAAAACCAGGAGGUUAAAGUUAGCAUAGGUUUAUUGACUCAGUGAUGCAGAAGGCUCUGCUUUUGAAUAGUAGUCGGUUGCCAAAUUUCUCCAGCUACAAUCGUGGGAUCACAUUUGUAUUUUUAUGAUGACCACUGACUUCUACAUACAAUUUAACUAGUAGUCCGUGUUUUGUCCCUAGUAAGCAGCUAUCUAUCUUGUUCGGAAUAUAGAUUGUGAGCCACAGUGGAAACUUCAACAAUUUAAGAGUUGAGCAACGUGACUUUAACUCUUAUCAUCGUUAUGCUUUUUACUAUAUAUAUUGGUAAGUUGUCUCGGCUGCAAAACCAAAUCAUACAUUCCAAGUCUCAAUCUUUAUUUUCCAAAUGGUGAAACCGUGUUUCCAUGUUUCCUCCAUCUCGUGUUUCCUCUUCGUCUCCAGCUUCUUUGUCAACAGUCUUGUGUCUCAACCAUUUCCUCGUCCGGACCAAAUUGAGAUCCUUCUGGCUUUUAAAAACGAGUUUCCAAUCCUCAAAUGCGAUUUCAAAAAGUGGCCUAGCUCAAGAAAACUGACAAAAUCCUGGACCAGGAAUGACGUCAAGUCCUUUAGUGGGGUGUUUUUUGACAGCGAGACUGGUGUCGUGACGGUACUAAAGAUGCGUGGUGCAUGUCUCAGUGGAACUCUCAAUGCUAAUAGUAGCCUUUUCAGAUUACACCACCUCAGGUACCUGGAUCUCUCUUUUAACUACUUGGACUCGUUCCCAUUCCUCCCCCAACUUGGCAAACUCACAAACUUAGAGUCAUUGGAUCUUUCUCAUAUGGGCUUACCCGGUGAAAUUCCAUCCUCCAUCAGUAGCCUCAACCGUCUAACGAAAUUAGACCUUUCAGAUAACGAGCUUACCGGCACUUUUUCCCCUCUACUCAAUCUAUCAAGGCUCUCUUCAUUAUCUCUUUCCAAUAAUCUCUUGUCUGGAAACGUCCCUUGUUCUCUACUCACCAUGCCUUUCCUUGGGCUUCAAGUCUUUAGAGUUACUUGAUCUUUCCGGAAAUGCUAUAUCAAGGCUUAAUCCUGGAUCACCAAAUUUGAAGGAACUAGUUUUGAAUAACUGCAACAUCGAAGAGUUCCCCACAUUUAUGCAAAAUCUAACUAAGCUGGUAAUUUUGCGCACUGUAAACAAUAGACUCAAAGGAGAGGUGCCUAAAUGGUUAUGGAGUAAACCUUCUUUGGGUGCAUUGUUUCUGUCUCACAACUCCCUCAAUAGCUUUGAAGGAUCGCCAAGAAUGCUUCUCAAUUCGUCACUUAGAUCGUUAGAUCUGAGGUCAAACGCUUUUCAAGGAUCUUUUCCUGUUAUUUCACCGGUAUUGAGUUACGUGCUUGCAUCAGAUAAUAGUUUCACAGGAGAAAUACCUCUUUCGUUGUGCAAUCAAAUUAGCUACCUACGUGUCCUUGAUCUAGCGCACAACAAUUUCAGUGGUUCAAUUCCCCGAUGCUUGAUUACAUUAGUACAAGAUCUGGAUCUCGGAAACAACAAUCUUAUUGGGAGACUUCCGGACUUAUUCUACAAAGGUGGCUCACUAAGAACACUUGACGUUAGCAACAAUCAAAUAACUGGGAAGCUUCCAAGGUCUCUUACAAAUUGCACAAGCCUAGAGUAUCUGAACGUGGAGGGCAAUAGAAUCACCGACACCUUUCCAUUUUGGCUGGAAGAACUACCGAACCUAAAAAUAAUCGUCCUACGGUCCAACAUGUUCCAUGGUCCAAUCUAUUCCCCUCAACAUCCUCUGUCCUUUCCGGAACUGCGAAUGUUUGACAUAUCGCGUAACAAUUUCACCGGAAGCCUACCACAUGAUUACUUUGUCAACUGGAGUACACCCUUGCUGAGUGCUCCUCAAAAGGUAAACCAGCCACUGUACAUGGGAGAUCCUUUCAUGUAUGAUUAUUACCCUUCCAUGUAUUUGAGAAACAAAGGAAUAAACAUGGAGCUGGAAAAGAUCUUUCUCGCCUACACAUCAAUAGAUGUCUCUGAAAACAAACUUGGAGGACAGAUUCCAGAAUCCAUAGGCCUUUUGAAGUCGCUUAUUGUGCUCAACCUAUCCAACAAUGAUUUCACUGGUCAUAUUCCUUCCUCUUGGGCUAAUCUCACGAGCCUCCAGUCACUAGACCUAUCUCGGAACCAACUCUCAGGAAACAUCCCCAAGGAGCUAGCAACCUUAUCGUUCUUGGCCUACAUUAACGUUUCACAUAACAAACUCACGGGCCAGAUACCACAGAGCACACAGUUUGGAGGACAGCCUAAAUCCUCUUUUGAAGGGAAUCUCAAUCUCUGUGGGCGUCCUCUUCUAGAGAGUUGCUUCCAGGACAAGGUACCAUCAACACCUGAGGCACAAGAGCUGGAACCUUCAAAGCAAGAACAAGUGUUCAACUGGAAAGCAGCGGCAAUGGGAUAUGGGCCCGGAGUCUUGUUUGGCCUGGCGAUUGGACAAGUCCUUUAUUCGUAUAAACCGGUGUUGUUCUUCAAGUUGUUUCGCCUUUGAAUUGAAGUUUGUGCAUUUUGUGUUGUUUGAAUAAGUGUAAGGGUUUUUGUUAUUACCGUUCCGACAUAGAUAUAUGUAUGUGUGUGUGAGUGAUAUAGAUAAGUUAUUAUGUUAUGAAACCUGUAAGUCUUUUGCUCUCUUGGUUUUGAUUUUAUAAACUGAAAUAAGAUCUUUGGUUAAUAAAAUAUGUUGUCUUGAUUUGGUUCAUAAAGAUUAUGUAUUGUAUAGUUGUUAAGUUUGAAGAUGUAUAAUGAUCGUAAACCUGAAACUCAACUUUGUAUAACAAUCAAUCUCCGGUUACAACCUUCAAUAACAACUCAAGAAGCAAUCUCUAUCUCUCGAUAUCGAUUCUUCUUAUACGAAUUCUCAACAAGAGAAUCGCCUCAAGUCUCACGACUCUACUGUUAUUUUCUGAUCACAAAUCGGAUAACUCUCAAAGUAAAAGAAUACAACACUUAUACGAAAUGUAAAGUCUGUAACUGCCAAAGACUCUCUCUGAGCUAGAGGCUUCCAUUCUUUAUUCCCACUUGAUUUGAAGUUCCCGCUUCCUCUUCAUGAACUUCCACUUCUCUUCAUGAUUUGUCUGUUUACUGUAUUACUUUGUCUGAAAACGGUCUGAAACACUACAAAGAUUUGUUUAUAUAAUUAAAACAAGGCUGAACAAAAACUUCGGAGUACGUAACAAUCAAGGUUGCUACGCACCAGAGACAUUGUUGUUGAUCAAAGCACUAAGAGAAAACGUUGCAGCUACUUGGUUUUGCACUCGACUGGACUGGCCUAUCUCAUUUAGUAACACCUUUGCAUGAUAUCAACAAUAGCCAAUGUGUCUUUGGAGUCAUAGAGUUUUACUUCCGGUAAAUAUCAGAUCCCAAACAUGCAAUAAGAUCAUAUUUGAUAGGCUCACCAAACUCCUAAACAAUCAAGUCUUGUCGGCUAAGAUUAUUUUGCUCAUCUAAGUUCGUUCAUGCAUUUAAAGAAAUCACAUUUAAAAAGGUACAUUUUCAUGUUUCAAAAAGUUAUUCUAGUCAUUUCAAACUUA